UUCCUUGCGGCGCGUCAGUCAACUUUCAUCUAAGUAGCGUGUAGGAGCGGCGGGAGGCAGGCUGUGGUGCAGGAAGCGAUAUUCAUGGAAUGUGCUGGGGAGAGACGGCGCGGCGUUAGGCAAGGAAAAUGCGCGCCGCGUAGGGUUUGACUAGUUACAGGGAGCGCUCUCCGAAUAUCGUGAGGUAUCAGCUAAUUGCGCGCUGCCGAAAGAGCUAAUCAGGCAGCAUCAUAAAAUCUUAAUCAGGUGAAAAUGGCCCUUAGCAAUCUGACCUCAAAGGCUGUGCUGCUCUAUGAUGAAUGGAUCAAAGAUGCCGAUCCGAGAUUGGAAGGCUGGCCACUCAUGUCUUCACCUUUUCCAACAACCUUUAUCAUUGGAACCUACAUCUAUUUUGUCACUUCACUGGGACCCAAGCUCAUGGAAAAUAAAAAACCUUUUGAACUCAGGCAGAUAAUGGCAUUUUAUAACUUUAGUGUGGUAGUACUUUCCUUGUAUAUGACUUAUGAAUUUCUUAUGUCAGGUUGGGCAACUGGCUACUCAUUCCGAUGUGAUAUUGUUGACUACUCAAGGUCACCUACAGCCUUAAGAAUGGUACGAACUUGUUGGCUAUACUACUUCUCCAAGUUCAUUGAAUUAUUAGACACCAUAUUUUUUGUGCUGCGUAAGAAAAACAACCAAGUUACAUUCCUGCAUGUCUUUCAUCAUUCCAUCAUGCCAUGGACCUGGUGGUUUGGAGUCAAAUUUGCUGCAGGUGGCUUAGGAACAUUUCAUGCUCUGUUGAACUGCAUUGUACAUGUUAUCAUGUACACUUACUAUGGAAUCUGUUCUUUGGGACCAGCCUAUCAUAAAUACUUGUGGUGGAAGAAGUACAUGACGACUAUCCAGCUUGUUCAAUUUAUUAUGAUUACAGCUCAUAUAGGACAAAUCUAUAUCAUGGAUGAUUGUCCGUACCAGUAUCCAAUUUUCAUGUUUAUUAUUUGGCUAUAUGGCUCUAUGUUCUUAGUCUUGUUUCUCCACUUCUGGUACCAUGCCUACACAAAGGGACAGAGACUACCAAAGAUGACAAGAAAUGGCAUCAACAAAGAUCAGUGAAAAAAAACAAACAAACUCUUGCCUACAAAAAAAAGAAAAAAGUAUACGUCAAAGUAAAAACUUGCACUACUAGACAAUCAAGAUAAUAGGGUGCACACACUACACUCUGUAUAUUUUGUAUGUUUUCUUCCAAAGCAGACCUUGUAUUUUUGCCAUAAGUUAUUUGGUUUUCAAAAUUUGGGAGGUAAAAGAGAACAGUGUGGAUUUGGUUAAAAAUAAAUAAAUAGUGGGGGGAGGAGAAAGGCUUUUUUUUUUUUUUUUUUUUUUCCUGCAAGAAAUGAAUAGAUGGAUGAUAUCUAUCUAGAAGAUGCAGGAAAAUAAAGGUAUUUGAUGAGAAAAUUAAAAUGUGUAUGACAAGUACAAAGUACUUUGAACAUUAAGGGAAAAGUUACUUCACCUUAGUGGUUACAAGUUGCUGAGACACUUAGCUGCAUUUUGUUAAAGAAAUUGGUAAAUAUCAUCCUUGAACCUAAAGCAUAUUAUGAGUAUAGCUAAUACAUAAAAAUAUGCUCACAAGCUAUAUUACUUGGAAGAAAGGAAAGCUUAUUAAUCUGUUAAAAUAUGGCACUUAAUUUGAAAAGAGAUUUUUGGAUUCUUUUACAGAGAAUUCAUUUCAUGUAGGAAACUUGUACUCGUUUAAACAUUAUUCACGAUGUAAGAAAACUACUAAUACGGGGAUUAUCUAAACUGUCUUGCAGUGUAAUGAUCAAAACAAACUACUGAUUUAUUCACCGUAGUAUUAUCAUAUUCUUAUUAGUCACUGUGUCUAGGAAUAUAUUUUGAUAUAGGUAGGCUACACUGUGUAGGGAGGAGGGAAUCCUGUAAUCCAGUAAUAAAAAUCUUAGUCCACAAAUAAGUUUUAAAGAAACUGAUUUUUGAUUGAAGCUUGAAUGUCAGCAACCAUGAUUGUAAUAUGCUGUAUUUUCUCCCAUUCUCAUUAUCUAUAGAAAUACCUCCCUUGGAAGUCUUUCUGGCGUUUUAUUACUAUUUUUUGUUACUACUGUUUGUGCUUAACAUCUCAAGGUUAAAGUUUCUGUAUUAACAGGACUGGUUACCUUGUCUCUGUUCCCUCAGACUGGGAAAACAGACUGUGAGCCAUUUUCUGAAUUCCUGAGGGUAGGGCAGGCAGAGGUGGUAGGACAUGCCUUCAGUCCAGAUAUGGGAUUGACUGGUAUGGUGUUUUCCAUGACUAGGCAGGUUGUUAGGUCCACACGUACACAGAAAUUAAAGGACAUUCCUACUUGUAUUCAAGUUGCAUUUGUAGUGUGUGAGUUCAUUAAAGAAAUGGCUCAUGCAACAGGCCUGUAAAUGAGGAGAUGGAUAUGUUUAAAUUAGUGUUACCUUUCAAUGUACUGUUUUCUAUUAUGAUCACUGCUAACAAAAAAUAAGCUUGUGAUUUUUUUAAUUUGUUUUUGCUUUGUGCUGUAUCUGAUCUGUGGAGUUUUCAAAUACACAAAACAUUGGUGCAGGUUUUAAUUGCCUCCCUGUUGUACAAUUCCAAGAAAAUAAGUUUUGUAACCUAGAUACUUUUAUGGGGAUAGCAACAUUGAUGUACUGUUAAUGCGAAAAGAGUUUAUCUUGGACAUAUGUUGCAAAUAAUUUCUUACAAAAUUGCCUAUGAGUCUUCUUUAUAAAACAAAUAAAAAUAAUUUAUAUUUUA